UUCACGCAAUCCGGUCUUAGUUCACCUUUAGAAAGUGUACGGAGAAGUCCGCGUUUCAAUCACUGCUCUAAACAACCGAGUGCGAUUUUUUUUUCUACACACUUUUCGUAUUUAAUCUUCGGACAGAAUUGGGAUUGUUUUUCGAUCGCACUUAAUUUGGAUACAUUCGCAUUAAUUUAAUUUGGAUAAUUCUGAUCUGUCCGUCACCAAUGUGUUACCUCUUGCGGUAGUCAACGUAAAAUCUUCGAGCCCAAGAUGAUGGGUGCGAUUGUAGGCGUCGCGACGCUCGCUCUAUUCAAUCUGAUAGUACCAGCGACGACGCAUGUCGCCCUCACGUAUCCACCAGCCAGGAAAUACGACUUGGAUUUUCUGGACAGUUCCAGAACCAAAGCACCUUGCGGCAUGCCCAAAGGAAAUAUAAAAACAACGAUUCUCUCUGGAAGCAAAUUUAAUGUGUCCUGGCAUCUUGGAUAUCCACACAGGGGUGGUUUCAAGAUUCAGUUACUGGAUGAACUGGAGAGACCAGUAUUAGAUUUAACACCGACAAUCAAAGGUUCAGAAUUUGAUGCCACCGAUGCUACUGCUCAAUCCUACCAAAUCCAAUUACCCCAGAAUUACACGUGCAGUAAUUGCACUUUGAGACUGAUCAGACAAGCCAUUGAAUGGGGAUCGAAUUACAAGUUUUGGUCCUGCGCCGAUGUUGACAUUAAAGCCCGGAGGGAAUUUCGAGAAUCUUGCAGUGGACAUGGAAAAUAUCUUUUGGCCAGAUGCAAAUGCGAUAGGCUUUAUUACGGAAGCCGUUGCGAAUUCAGAGAUGAGUGCAUCGAAGACGGAGACUGCGGAAACCACGGAAAAUGCGUUAAUGUCGAAGCAACUACUGCCCCUAAAAAGCAAUGCUAUUGCCAAUUGGGUUGGUUCGGCCCUGGUUGCAAUAGAAAAUCUGCCAUUCGUUCGACUGAAAUUGAUUUUGAGCUUUACACUGAACGGAAAUUGAGCGACAAUUUUAAACUUUAUUGGAGGAUCCUCAAGGAGCAUAAAGAAAUUGAAGUGGUUAUGGUUGUAAAUGGAACGAGUUACGCUGGUCUGGGAUGGCGUCCAAAAUCUUUGACUAAAAGCUGCAAGAACUGGCCUCUGAUUGGAGCAGUUGCUAACAAAUUGGUGGUCGAACCUCAAGCAGAACCUGAACCAAAAUCUGAACCCGAGCCUAAAUCUGAACCUGAACCCACCGCAGAACCUAAAUCAGAACCAGAACCUACGGCUGAACCGAAGAGCGAACCAGAACCAGACACAACCACCGAUAAAAAAUCAGUUUAUUCUCGUAGAUCCGCUAGUCCAAGAGGUUUUUCUCAAGUUCCUGAUGGUACUGUAGAAACUAGCGUUUCCUUCCAAAUAAGCGCUAAGCAAGGUAGAAGAAGGCGUUCACCAGAAGAACCUAAAGCGGAACCCGUAGCUACGAAGGCACCGAUCUCAGAACCCGAACCCGAACCUAAGUCUGAGCCCGAACCCACGGCAGAACCGUUAUCAGAACCCGAACCUACAUCCGAACCUAAAUCAGAACCCGAACCCACUGCAGAACCGGAAGCGGAACCCAAAUCUGAACCAGAACCCGAACCAAAAUCCGAACCAGAACCCGAGCCCAAAUCGGAACCAGAACCUGAACCCAAAUCUGAGCCAGAACCUGAACCUAAAUCCGAACCUGAACCUGAGCCUAAAUCUGAACCAGAACCAAACGUAGAUGCUGCAAAUGGUAAAGAUGAACUGUUAAAUCCUUACACUCCUCGACAUGAUUUCAAUCCAAUGGACUGCACUGAUAUUAUAAUCGGAUCGGCUCGUGAUACCGCAAGUAGAAUUUCCGAUUAUUAUACUAGGGAUCGUUCGACUCCGAGGAUGGACACUUUCUGGGGUGGAAAGAAUGACUUAACUGCUGCUAUGGGUUUCGAGAAGGACGGAGUGACCACUAUUGCUUUCCGUAAGAAAUUGGAGGCCAAAGAACCGUCCGACCAUUCAAUCGUCGAUGAAUUAAUGCAUGUCAUUUGGGCACGAGGCCAAGAAACUGGAAAGUAUGUUCAUUCCCCCAAGUCUGGCAUCGAAUCGUCGAAUGCUAAAGUAACUGACUUCUACAAACCAGAUGAACUUAAAUAUCAUGGUCACGGAGCACAACGCGGAGCGUUGUCAAUUAAUUUCUUUGAUGAGAAAAAGUCCGUUUCUGAAGCAACAAACUCGAUAACUGUAGAUGGUCAGCCACCGUCCGAUGACGAACCCCAGUGCAGAGGUGAAUGGAAAACACCGAGGAAUUGUAAAUCUGAAAAUGGAAGUUGCGAGUAUUCUGCUGAAUGGCAAUACGUUCGAGGUGAUAAUAUACGAUUUACAAUUACCACCAACAAUUCAGACACUUGGACUGGAAUUGCAUUUUCUAAAAAUGAAAAGAUGUCGCAAUCGGAUGCGAUCAUUGGUUGGGUUGAUAAAAAAUCAGGAAGACCUUUCUUGAUGGAUACGUGGAUAACUGGUUACACGCAACCGCUUUUGGACAGUUCUCAAAAUAUAUUUAACAUAACCGGAAACAUCAUCGACGGAAUUACUACUUUAUCCUUCACCAGAAAGAGAAUUUCCACAGAUCCAAGAGAUUUGUCCUUCACAGAUGACCAAUGUCUGUUCCUUAUGUUUCCUGUCAAAGGCGGAGCCUUCAAUUCCGUCAAUAAAAAGAUCCGCAAGCAUGAAGUAAUUCCGGUCGUGUCCACUGAAAAAGUCUGCUUCAAGUCGUGUAAAUUAGAGGAUAUCCUUGACGAGAUGACUGUAACCGAGUCACCAUCCAUAGAUUACAGUAUUGAAGUUAAAAUUAUUGAAUUAGGAGAGAACUUCCAAACACCUAAGAAGGGCUCCAUUCAAUUUGAUGAUCUCUCCAAUUCAAUUACAAAUAAUUUCAAGCCGCUGUUCAAUAAACUUCCUGGUUACAAACGCGCCACAGUUGAAGAACUUAAAGAGGAUAAUAAUAAUGUCAUAGCUGUAAUGAAAGUCCAAUUGGAUAAGGCCGAGAAGGGAAGAUCUCUGAGCGAUGCAAGUGAACAUAAUGAACAUAUCCAAAGUAUUUUGGAGGAAAGCGUUAAAACUGGACAGAUCGGUGCAUUGAAAGUGGAUCCUACACAUUUCUAUUUCGAAGCUCAAAGUUUGAUUUCCAAUAUAGUUGUGGAUAGUACAUCAACGAGCGAUGAAAGCUUCUUCAGUUUACCUGAAUCUAAAUUAUAUAUUGUGCUGGGAUGUAUUGCUGCCUUGGUGCUUGUGGCGAUAGUACAGGCUAGUUGCACCAUUUACAAAGCCGCGGCGAAGACUUCAUCCAGUCAUAAGGACCAUUUGAUACCUAAUUCGGCAUGGAAGGAUUAUUCAGCAGCAAAUACCAAUUACGCAUUCGACACGUACGAAGAAGACAAGAAGCAGAUGAACGGCAAAACGAGAAGCGAAACGUUGCCAGCAAAGAACAACUCUCGUGGUCAGAGGCCACAGGGACGACCUCCGGGUGUUCUAAACCAACACUACAUGCCCGACACUAGAUCUCUGCAAAGACCCAGAGGGCAAUAUCCACCUAGCAGCUUGGAACGCAGCACGUUCUCUCUGCCUAGGACCGCUUACGACCGCAACAGGCAACCUCAGGACAUGCAACCUGACUUUUACUUUAUGCCCUCGCAACGAAAGUAUUCCGGGGAAGUCGUUAGAGUCUAUGUAGAUUACAACAAUCAACCGAAAUGAACUGAUUACCUUUACUAGAAUAGUCCGUCCAUGUUAUUAUUAUUUUUAUUACAAUUUUUAAUAAACUUUAGUUACGUAUUUCUAAAUGUAAAAAAAAGAGAAACACAUGCAGAAAGAACAAUCAGUUUUCUUUAGGUAGUGACCAAAGUUUUACCCUAACUAAGUCAGCAAAGGUAUAAGAAAAGAAUUUUGUUUUGCAAACCAAAUAGUAAAUAGAAACAGGAGAAAUGAUGCAAUAGUUUGUACAACAAUUGU